GCGAGCCGGUGCUGGCCAAGCGAGGGACAAAUACCAUGGACCUUUAUGAAACCGGGCUUCAGGCUGUGCUCAGUGUGACACCCUCUUUGUCUAUAUCUAUAUUCUCGCUAGGCUGCACCUGGGCGCGUCCGCAUCUGCGUACAGUAUUGGCCCAUUUUCAUUCGGCACACCAUUCACAGGUGAUUACGCCCGACUGUGCGCAGCUGCGUACACGUGCCCCCGGGAAGUGAUUGGUCACACCUACCGACGAAUACAUGGAGAAUGCCCUCGCCAGUCUCGCCAGUCUCGGUGCACGACUGGUUCGUCGACCGAAGAAAACACAACAUAACAUUAUGAACAGCAUCGUGUCAUUCCGCGCACUUGCGUCGCCCCCUCCCAGCGCAUCAUCUGACUUUUCGACGUGCAUAAUACUCCUCCUGGUAGACGAUGCUAUCAGGGCUGAGAACGCGAAUAUCGGGGGUGCACCAAGAACAGGCAAUUGAGCAAGAAAGACAGAGGGAUUCUCAUUUUCAAGUACUUGAUAGUAGCAGUCUCGAAAAUGAUCCGAUCGCAUGCUAUGAGGCUCUUACCGAGGAGUUCUGUCUUCCUACCAGUGCCCACGAAAUCGACCAGGAAAUGGUCCUGCUGCCAUCUGGGUUGAAGAGCGAGAGCCAACCUUUGGGCUGGGAAGUCUUCUUCGGGGUGCCUAGCCCGAAAUCCUUGAGCUCUGAGCCGGACUUUCCGCAAUAUGCUAUGAAACCAAGCGACUUCAGCAACUCGCUUCACAUAGACAGCGCCAAGCUUGAAACUACUGUCACAAAACAUGAGCUGGUCGAGAAGCAAGAACAUAUUGGCGUCGCAGCAGACUCUACCGUGAGAGCUCGGAAGAGAUCCUGUGAGGAUGCGUUCGCGACUGAAUCCGUGGAAAAUGAUGUGCCCGCCAAGCAAAGGGCAAAGACCGACACUGACAAGCAAGAAAAAACCCGCACCCAAUAUGCUUGUCCCUUCCAAAAGCUAGAUCCAGUCAAACACCACGAAUGUCUCAAGUACGCACUGCACCGCAUCAAAGACGUCAAGCAGCAUGUUUACAGGCGCCACAAGCAACCUGACUAUUACUGCGCGCGUUGCUUUGUUGUCUUCCCAACUGCCGAUGCCAGGGAUGAGCAUGCAAGGAGCAAGGACUGUGAGAACAAGAAGGCUUCACAUUUCGAGGGGAUAACAGACGUUGAGAAAGCCAAACUAAAUAAGAGUCCAUCUAGGGGCCUGGAUGCACAGGAGCAAUGGUUCACAAUGUGGGAGAUCAUCUUCCCAGGGAAGCAGAAGCCCAACUCGGCGUUGGUGGGGAGCUACAUGGAGGAGAUGGUCCCAGUGCUGCGCAGCCUGUGGACGAGGAAGAACUCCAGCAUCCUCGCCAGGGCUCAAAGGGACCAAGCAAGCCCGAUGGAUCUGUCUUUGAUGAAUUCUGUGGUUGAAUUGAUAUUCGACUCUCUAGAGGCGGAGGCAUCGACCUCGCUGGCGCAGGAAAUGCCAGGGAACGGCUCUCAGACUGAAUACCGCCUUGGGGAGGGCGAGUCGCCCGUGCUCACCGAGCCGCCUACAGGCAUUACCGAAUCACCAGGCCUACUCUACCCAGCUCCGCCAUACUUCUCUGACGACGUCAGCGGUGAAACGGAGCCAGAGUUUCAUCUCGGAUCGCGUGUUGCUUUUGGAGAAGGGUGAGCCCUUAUUGAUGGAAUUCCGUAACAGAGUGUCCGCAAGACCAACGACCUCCUGAGCGGAUGUUCAGGGACUGUUCAAGCUAUCCAACCAAUACUGAACCUGUCAGCACAAGUGGUCAAUGAAACUGUCCCCCGCACUAUGGGCUCGCACCAAAUUGUUUGGAAUGGGGGUGGUUUCACGACGACCCAUAUGCAGCCACAGGCAAAGAUUCAUGCCGGAUAUUGUUAGACUUUCAUUUGUUUCUGAGUGGUCAUCUUGUUCUAUUGUAUCAGCAAAGCAGUAUCACUUUCCACUUUGAAUUUGGAUUCAUACAUAGAGAGCGACGUUUUCAAUGCGAAAUCAUCAAUUCCAGGUUUUGGAUACAUGGAAGUCUAUGAAGGAAAACACGGCCGGUCGUCGCACUGGGUAUGCUCUGGUCGGCCAAUUU